AUGCCCCUGGCCGCCUACUGCUACCUGCGGGUCGUGGGCAGAGGCAGCUACGGGGAGGUGACGCUCGUGAAGCAUCGGCGGGACGGCAGGCAGUAUGUCAUCAAAAAACUGAACCUCCGAAAUGCCUCCAGCCGAGAGCGGCGAGCUGCCCAGCAGGAAGCUCAGCUCUUGUCUCAGCUGAAGCACCCCAACAUUGUCACCUACAAGGAGUCCUGGGAGGGAGGGGACGGUCUACUGUACAUUGUCAUGGGCUUCUGCGAAGGAGGUGAUCUCUACCGAAAGCUCAAAGAACAGAAAGGCCAGCUUCUGCCCGAGAGUCAGGUGGUGGAGUGGUUCGUUCAGAUCGCCAUGGCUCUGCAGUAUUUACAUGAGAAACACAUCCUUCACCGAGAUUUGAAGACUCAAAAUGUCUUCCUGACAAGGACAAACAUCAUCAAAGUGGGUGACCUGGGAAUUGCCCGCGUGUUAGAGAACCACUGUGACAUGGCCAGCACUCUGAUUGGCACACCUUACUACAUGAGUCCUGAAUUGUUCUCAAAUAAACCCUACAACUAUAAGUCUGAUGUUUGGGCUCUGGGAUGCUGUGUGUAUGAAAUGGCCACCCUGAAGCAUGCUUUCAAUGCAAAAGACAUGAAUUCAUUAGUUUAUCGGAUUAUUGAAGGAAAGCUGCCUCCAAUGCCAAAGGGUUACAGUCCAGAGUUGGCAGAACUGAUCAGAACAAUGCUGAGCAAAAGGCCUGAAGAAAGACCAUCUGUGAGGAGUGUCCUCAGACAGCCUUACAUAAAGCGCCAGAUCGCCUUGUUUUUGGAAGCUACCAAGGCAAAAACCUCCAAAAAUAAUGUUAAGAAUGGUGACUCUAAAUCCAAGCCUGUUGCUCCAGUGGUUUCCAGAAAAGUUGAAUCCAAUAAUGACGUAAUCUCACCCCAGCCACACUCCUCUGGGGACUCACGGGCAUGUAUAAAGGGAGAAGAUAGAUGUUUAUCCCAGGAGAUGCCUGUGGUCACUGGCCCAUCGAAAACUCCUGUGGAUCAGAAAGACCACGUCCACAAACCAGACUUGAGCCACACUGAAGAGUCAUUGGCGACAAUCAGUAGAGUCAAUAUCGACAUUUUGCCUGCAGAAAGGAGGAAUUCAACAAGCGACUCAACUCAUAGGACUCAACCAGAACACCUUAAUCCAUCUAAUGAGUUAGGAGGUAAAGGCAGUAUUUCUCAGGUGAAGGAGGAGAGACUGCAGAGUAACACUAAACCCAGUGCUCAGCUGAAAAACCACAUUUCCACGUGGUCCUCGGACAAUGACAUUGUGGCAAAGAAUGUCCCAGUGCAGCCUCAGCAGCCCCAAAGCAAAGACCGAAAGCCAAAGGACCAGAAUCCAGUUGCUGCUGAAUGUAUUCUAGAAAAACAGGAUAGAAUCUGCCCAGACUUCCAGCCACACAGCUCCGGGUCUGAACCUUCCCUGUCUCGACAGCGACGGCAGAAAAGAAGAGAACAGACUGGACACAGUGGUGGGAAGAGGCAGGUGGGUCGUGAUUUCUUUGGAAUAAGUCCUUGAUCUUUCCAAGAGGUUUCUUCUCGACCUUUGCCUUCUUGCCCAAUUGUUGGGAAAACGGAAGUCACGCCAACACACAAGGAUUCUGAAAACCAAAUUGAAGUCGUCACUGGGCCUGUGAGCAAUUCAAGGAGCAGUGAAGUCUCAUCAUCAAAGGACCGACCAUUAUCAGCAAGAGAAAGGAGACGACUAAAGCAGUCCCAGGAAGAGGUGUUCCCCUCAGGCCCUCUGGUGAGGAGAGCGUCCCUCAGCGCAGCGGGGCCAGAGAAGCCUCGGGAGAGAGACCAGCCCCUCCCUGCCAGACGUGCGUCUUCCGACUGCAGCGUGACUCAGGAGAAGAAGCUGAUCCGUUGUCUGUCUGAGGAGGAGAUAAGUUCUUCUACAAGUUCAACUGAUAAGUCAGAUGGGGAUUCCAGAGAAGGUAAAGGUCAUACAAAUGAAAUGAGUGAUUUGGUACAACUAAUGACUCAGACCUUGAAGCUGGACUCAAGAGAGAGCUGUGAUGAUCUCCUGGUACCUAGUGCAGUAUCAGAGUUCAGACUUCAUCGGAAAUACCGGGACACGCUCAUACUUCACGGAAAAGUUGCAGAAGAGCAAGAGGAACUCCAUUUUAAAGAGCUGCCUUCAGGUAUUGUGCCAGGUUCUGAGAAGAUCAGGAGAAUAGUUGAAGUCUUGAGAGCUGAUGUAAUCCAGGGUCUGGGGAUCCAGCUUUUAGAGCAGGUGUAUGAGCUUUUAGAAGAGGAGGAUGAAUUGAAGAGAGAGGAAUGUUUGCAAGAGCACAUGGGUGAAAAGUAUGCAGCUUACAGUGUGAAAGCUCGCCAGUUGAAAUUUUUUGAAGAAAAUGUGAAUUUUUGA